GUAAUUUUUGAACGUGUCGUGAGGAGUUGUUUCGUAACAGCUCAGAUUUUCUUCAUUUUUCGUAGAAAAACACCUGGAAAUAAAAAUGUACCACCAACUUAGCAAAAUGUCCGGCCGCCUGGUAGCUGCUACUCACUUGCAAAGCCCACUGUUUCCUGUUGCACCAAUUGCCCUGCAACGAGCGGAGCCGCCUAGCAUCCAAUACAACACUUCUCAUUUGUCUACGGUGACCGAGGCUGCCUGCGCCGCACCUGGCAAGAGGAGGCUCGUUCCUGGCACCAACAUCCCCUAUCCUCCCGUACCGGAGACCAUCCGUAAACGCCAGGACCAAUUCCAGAAAGACAAUGACGUUCCAGUGUUCCUGAAGGGUGGUCCUCUUGAUGGUAUUCUCUACCGUUUGACCAUGGGACUAUGCAUUGUGGGUUUGGCUGGUGUCGUACAUACCAUUUACUCCCAUGCUGUUCCCAAAAAACAGUAAAUAUUUAUUAAAUUAAUGUAUUAGUUGCCUGUGUUAUAUAUAUUAUAGACAAUCGAAGCACUCUUAAUAAAGGGAAAUUUAAA